AAAAAAAAACACAACACCAACACAAUGAACUGGACCAACCCCACCUUCGCCUGAUCACCUCUCUCUCUCUCUCUCUCUCUCUCUCUCUCUCUCUUUCACAUUUCUCCUCUGCCACCAUUGUUUCAGAGCUUGGUUCAUCUCCUUCCUCAUCCCCGUGGAGAGCCCAUUUCUCCAUUUUCGCUCUCUCUGAAGCUCCGUAGCUACUCUUGGUUUGAGGAGCUUUGUGAUCAUCGGGGCAUUUGGUGAUCUGGGUUUUGUGGGUACAAUGUGGGGGAGUGUUUGUAGGGGGGAGUUCUCCUCCUUCCUUGUUGCAUUCCUGCUUCUGCAGCAGCUCCAGCUGGGGUUUGUAGCCGCUCAGGGAGGCAAAGCUUCUCCAUGGAUGACCCUGAGUGGUAAUGCUCCAGCUAUAAUAGCUAAGGGCGGCUUUUCGGGGUUAUUCCCUGAUUCCAGCGCAUACGCAUACAAUUUCGCAUUGGCCGCCAGUUCACCUGCUACAACUUUAUGGUGUGACGUGCGGCUCACAAAGGAUGGCAUUGGAAUUUGCCUGCCUGAUUUGAAGUUGGACAAUUGCACGGAUAUUCAAAACAUUUAUCCCGACGGAAAAAAGGACUAUGUUGUUAACGGCGUGCCGACGUCAGGGUGGUUUCCUGUGGACUAUAACAGCACCGAGCUAUUAUCGCAAGUUGCUCUACGACAGUCCAUCUAUACUCGCACCGACCGAUUCGACUUCAGCCUUUAUGCUAUACUCACGGUUGAUUACAUCGAAUCUCAAUUCAAGCCACCCGCUCUUUGGUUGAAUGUGCAGCAUGACAUGUUCUACACCCAACACAAUCUUAGCAUGAGAAACUAUAUUAUAGCAAUAUCAAAGCGUGUUGUUAUAAGCUAUAUCUCAUCUCCUGAAGUUAGCUUGCUCACCAGCAUAGCUGCAAGAGUAAGCAGCAAAACGAAGCUCGUCUUCCGCUUUCUUGAUGCAACAAUUGCUGAACCUUCGACGAACCAAACAUACGGUUCACUGUUGAAGAACCUUACUUUCAUUAAGACCUUCGCAUCCGGGAUUCUUGUUCCGAAAAACUAUAUAUGGCCUGUGACGUCCGACAAUUAUUUACAGCCCUCUACUUCGGUUGUGACUGAUGCCCAUAAAGCAGGGCUGGAAAUUUAUGCUGCAGAUUUUGCGAAUGACAACUCGUUUAGCUUCAACUACAGUUAUGAUCCGUUGGCCGAGUAUCUCAAUUUCAUUGACAAUGGCAUUUUCUCUGUCGAUGGUGUGGUGUCGGACUUCCCUAUAACCCCAUCAGAGGCUGUAGGUUGCUUCUCCGGAUUAAACAAAAGCAGCUUGGACCACGGAAAGCCUGUAAUUAUCUCACACUACGGUGCGAGUGGAGACUACCCGGACUGUACCGAUUUGGCUUAUCAAAAAGCAGUUGAUGAUGGCGCUGAUGUUAUUGACUGUCCUGUUCAAGUAACUAAAGAUUGGAUACCUAUUUGCAUGAGUUCUAUUAAUUUGAUGGAUGAUACUACUGUUUCCUUAUCAAACUUCAGCAGUCUCACCUCCGUUAUCCCGGAGCUUCAGACUGGUCCUGGAAUUUUCACCUUCAAUCUCACUUGGGCUGAGAUUGAGACCUUACAACCGGUGAUUUCAGCCCCGGAGAGCAUUUACCAUCUGCAAAGAAACCCAAGAUACAAAAAUGCAGGAAAGUUCAUGAAGUUAUCUGAAUUUUUGGCCUUCGCAAAGGACAAGGAAUUAUCCGGAGUUUUGAUUACGGUAGAGAACGCUGCGUUCAUGGCCCAGAAACUAGGGUUUAGCGUGACGGAUGCUGUAAUCCAUACCCUAAGCGACGCAGGCUACAACAAUCAGACCACACUACAAGUCAUGAUUCAGUCCUCCAACAGCUCAGUCCUGGUCAAAUUCAAGCAACAAACCAAGUACAAUCUUGUUUACUUAAUCGAUGAGUCAAUCAACGACGCCACUCCGUCGGCUCUUGCUGAUAUAAAGAAGUUUGCCGAUGCUGUGGCUAUUGAUAAAAAAUCGGUCUUCCCCGAAAACCUAAAGUUCAUCACGGCCCAAACCAACCUCGUUAGCCACCUGCAGAAAGCCGGCUUGUCGGUUUACGCUUAUGUUUUAAGAAACGAGUUUGUUUCGCAAGCUUGGGAUUUCUUUUCUGAUCCGACGGUGCAGAUCAAUUCAUAUUUCCAGGGAGCUGGGGUGGAUGGGGUCGUCACUGAUUUCGUUGCCACGGCAAGAAGAUACAAAAGGAAUCUUUGUAUGAACAUGGGGAACAGCAUGCCGAGCUACAUGAGUCCGGUCCAGCCCGGCGGGCUCUUCCAGCUUACCGCUCCAGCCCAGCCGCCAGCCCUGCCCCCGAUGCCCAUCCUGACAGACUCCGAUGUCGUGGAGCCGCCUCUCCCUAAUGCCACACUGGUCCCCGCGCCCAGCUCGCAGCCUGCCGGCGCCGUGCGUGCUGCCACUGCCACAUCGAUAUUCAUGCUGAUCGCAGCAGCGAUCUGCGCGGCUCUGCUCCUAGUUUGAGACUCUGGGGGACUGCUUGCUGUUACCUUUUGUAAUUUCUGGCGAUUUCUUUUUCCUUUUGGUGGUGUUACUGUUAUUAUUUUUGGGCUUGUGGGAUUUGGUCAUUUUGUUAAUUUUAUCCUAGUGGGAGAAAGAGAGGGAUCUUUUUCUGUAACAUUUGAAGAGUAAAUGUGGGAAAUAGGUACAUCAGUUUACACUGAUGAUUGAUGGGUGAGUGAGUUGGGGCUUGGUUACUUCAUUA